AUGAGUAAUACUGCAACAACAACUGAUGCUUUUAUCAAACCGCUGAAAGUAAAUAAAUGGGAAACAAAUGCUCUAAAAAAUGCACUAGAUGAUGCAUGCAAGAAGUAUUUCAAAGAGACUCUGAAUUUUGUAGAAGAUUACUCAUUAGUGGAUCGCCGUCUUUAUAUAUCAUUAUUUGCAUGCUUAUUCUCAAUAUUUGCUCUAAUUUAUGAUUGGUUUUAUCCAUUUCCGAAAUCUCGUACAGUUCUGAUUGUUUGUGUAAUCUCAUAUUUUAUUCUCAUUGGUAUUCUUACAUUAUAUAUGUACUUUAUUGAACGUGGUAGAUUUUUUAAUGGUAAACUCAUUGAUAAAACUGGUCUUGAUCCUGGAUUACGAUGUAUAAUAAGUUCUAAAUUAAAAAAAUAUGAUGAUAAAUAUAAUUUAACUUUGGAAUACAACGAAGGUACAAAUAAAUCAACAGGUUCAUCAGGAGCAUUAAUUAGUUCUGUAGGCAAUUAUUUUGAUAAUAAUGGUGUUUUAUGUUAUGAUCGGUUUACGAAUGAUUUAAAAAAGAUUUAUGAUCAAGCACGAUUGAAUGCUCGUAAAACGAAGUAA